ACAAUGUAGACUUUGAAUUUGAUAAUGGAACGUUUAUUUUUGAAGCUUAUCAUAGCUGUGUGCUGGAGAAGCCGCCCUAGAGCAGCUUGCGAGCUAUAUAAACGUCCUUACGAAGCCCACAGCUACAAACAAUCCAAUGGAGUCACUAAAUUUAGUCAUGACUAAUUCGCACGCAUUAUAUGCAAACUUGCCGCAACCAGUGUGCAACUUAGGAGGAGUUAGCAGAUCCAGUAGGACAUCUGCCAGACGGAGAAAUAAUGUGGUUUGGUGCAAAGGAGGAGAGAGACUAUGGUUGGAUCGGCGGGAGCUGCUGUUGGCCUCGACAUCAGCCAUUGCUGUGGGCGUUACAAAAAAAGCAGCAGCAAAGCCAAUGCCUCCACCUGACCUCUCAAAAUGCCACAAGCCCGACACAGCUCCGGCAGAUGCUCAAAAUCUCAACUGUUGCCCGCCGUAUUCAGAAAAGGCCGUGGAUUUCGAGCUCCCAAUCAAUCUACCCAUGCGAGUUCGUCCAUCCGCGCACGAUGUGAGCGACAAAUACGUGGAAACGUAUACCCGGGCAGUGCAACUCAUGCGCGAGCUUCCCUCCGACGAUCCACGGAGCUUCACUCAGCAAGCCAACGUUCACUGCGCCUACUGCGACGGAGCCUAUUACGAAGGCUCACUCCCCGUGGAGCUUCAGAUCCACAACUCCUGGUUUUUCCUCCCCUGGCAUCGCUGGUAUCUCUAUUUCCAUGAGCGCAUCCUCGCCAAACUUGUGGGCGAUGACAAUUUUGCUCUGCCCUUCUGGAACUGGGACGCGCCCGCCGGAAUGACUUUCCCGUCCAUGUACUCCCACCAGGGCACUCCUCUCUAUGAUGAACUCAGAAACCCAGACCACAUGCCGCCGACCAAAAUCGAUCUCAACUAUAGCCCCAACGAGAAUCCAAGCACUUUAACGGACCCAGAACUUGUUGCCUCCAACACCAAUCUGAUGUACAGGCAAAUCGUGUCCGGCGCAAAAACAACGAAGCUGUUCCAGGGACAACCUUACCGGUACGGCACCAACCCGGACCCGGGGGCCGGAACGCUAGAGAAUGCUCCUCACGGGCCCGUGCAUGUCUGGACCGGUUCGCCCGCUCAGCCCAACAUCGAAGAUAUGGGGAACUUCUAUUCUGCGGCUCGUGAUCCGGUUUUCUUUGCGCACCAUGCAAACGUCGACCGGAUGUGGACCAUCUGGAAAUCUCUCGGAGGCAAACGGCGUGUAGAUUUCAAUGAACCGGAUUACUUACAAUCUGAGUUUCUUUUCUACGAUGAGAAUGCUCGUCUGGUGCGUGUGAAGGUGGCGGACGCUCUGGACCCCAAGAAUCUCAUGUUUUCGUACCAGAAAGUUGAUAUCCCCUGGAUAAACGCGCGGCCAAAGAAGAGCAGUGUCACGACACAGGUGGCCUCCUCCUUCGGCACACCCGCGGCCAUCGCGGCCGGUCAUAUUGCAGAGUUCGGGUCAAGGGCCAGAAAGCUGGUGGUUCCCAUCACAGCUCUUGUUAAGAGGCCGAAGAAGAAGCGCAGCGACAAGGAGAUCGAGGAUGAAACGGAGGAAGUGCUUGUGAUCGAGGGAAUUGAGGUGAAGAGAGGCGUGGCUGUAAAAUUCGAUGUGUUUAUCAAUUUGGCCGAGGCUGAUUCCAAUACUGCUAUUUCUUGUCCCGAGUACGCAGGGACAUUCUCGAAUGUUCCCCACCAUCAUGAGCACGGCGACGAGAGCGCCAAGGAAAACGCUAACAAGAAAAAUCCGUUCAGAAAGUCUUCGUUCAGGGUUGGAAUUACAGAGAUAUUGGAGGAUUUAGGUGCUACCGAGGAUGAAAAUAUCGUGGUUACUCUCGUCCCCAAAGGAGAUUUCAAGGCCAACCCCAUCAAAAUCUCCUCCAUUAAGAUCGAUUAUGACUGAUAGUGUUUCUUCUCGUAUAUAUUGCAUAUUUUCAUUGUUUAAUGUGAUCUCAUGCAUACGUAAUUAAGUAGCUGGCUUAGGUUUUAGUAGUGAAUUAUCAUGCAGUUUAAGAAAAGGAACAGAACACACCAGUGACUCAUAAAUAAAGGGGAAGGACUCCCAUCGUAGAA